AUGGGCCCCUGUACCGCCUCCUCAUGCUGCUGCCAGGCCCGUAAUCUGCCAUGGGCCCCUGUACCGCCUCCUCAUGCUGCUGCCAGGUCCAGAGUGUCUCAUGGGUCCCUGUACGGCCUCCCAUUGCUGCUGUCUCCAUCGCCACACUCUGCCAUGUGCCACUUUCAGGUCUCCUCACACUGCUGGUGGGUUCCAUUUUGUCAUAGGGUGCUGGCAGAUUACGGGCCUCCCAUUGCUGCUGCCAGGCCCGUAAUCUGCCAUGGGCCCCCGUACCGACUCCUCAUGCUGCUCCUAGGCCUGUAAUCUGCCAUGGGCCCCUGUAACGCCUCCUCAUGCUGCUGCCAGGUCCAGAGUGUGUCAUGGGUCCCUGUACGGCCUCCCAUUGCUGCUGUCUCCAUCGCACACACUCUGCCAUGUGCCACUUUCAGGUCUCCUCACACUGCUGGUGGGUUCCAUUUUGUCAUAGGGUGCUG